AGCGAAGCAAGGCCAGAGAUCAAUAUGGACUACAAAGUUCAUAGAGUAAAAGUCUAUGUCAUGGUGGAAGACAAACAGUGGAAAGACAUAGGUACAGGACAAAUCUCAUCCAGAUACAUUGAACGGCUCCACGGUAUGUGCCUGCUUGUUCACUCAGAACUAGAUGGCUCACCAAUUAUGGAGUGCAAGAUACUUCCUAACGUGCCCUAUCAGAAACAUCAAGAGGGGGCAAUCAUUUGGUCUGAAGCUAAGAACCACGGUAUGGCAAUACAUUUCCAGACACCAAACAGUUGUCAAGAGAUCUGGGAAGUUAUCUGCAAAGUUCAAGGUAAAGAUCCAAGUGUAGAAGUCACACAAGAACUUACUGAUGAUCUGGAAACUUUUGAUGAACUGCCACCAAUCAGGAAUCUGAUAGAGAUGUCAAACUGUGAACUCCAUAGCCUUCAAAAGAUUGCAAAUUUAUUUCCUCGUGUUGAUAAAAUGCCAAGCCAGAAAGAAAUGUUGGUACUGGUCUUGGAAAAUAAAGGUUAUAUUAAAAAAUUGCUACAGCUGUUCAAAACUUGUGAAAAGCAUCAGAACAUGGAAGGCUUACACUAUUUGAAUAGCAUUGUUAAAGGAAUCCUGUUUCUAAAUGAUGCACGCUUGUUUAAGAUCAUGUUUUCUGAUGAAUUCAUCAUGGAUGUGAUAGGAUGCCUUGAACAUGGCCCUGGUUUAGAUCAGCCAAAGAAGUACAGGGAAUUCUUGACUCAAAAUGCCAAAUUCAAGGAAGUUCUGCCAAUAAUACACUCACAACUUAGGCAAAAAAUACACCAGACCUAUAGAAUGCAAUAUGUUCAUGAUAUUAUGUUGCCCACUCCAUCCAUAUUUGAAGCAAAUCAUCUUUCUAAUCUCACUGCCAUGAUUUUUUUCAAUAAAAUUGAAAUAGUUACCAUGCUGCAGAAAGAUAAAAAAUUUUUGCUUCAAGUUUUUGCUCAGCUAAAAGAUAACGCUGUAAGUGAUGAAAGACGGCAUGAAUUGUUAUUAUUCUUCAAGGAAUUCUGUGCAUUUGUUAAGAAAUUACAGUCUCAUAAGAAAAAUGCAUUACUUAAAUCACUGAUAAAGCUUGGAAUCAUGAAUGCACUGAAAGUUGUAGUAUGCAUACAUAAUUACCAAAUACAAGUAGCUGCUCUGGAAAUAUUUGCUGAUCUAGUAAAAUAUAGUCCGUGCCAAGUUCGAGCUUAUGCAAUGAAAGAAGCUCAUGACAGAGAAGAUAAUGAUGAGCUUAUCAUUAAUGUAAUGAUUGAACAAAUGAUCUGUGAUACUAAUCCUGAAUUUUCAUUAGGCAUAAUUUUGACAACAGUUCUGCAUACUCUUCUUAAUCCAGAAAAUAUGCGUGUCAAAGCUAAGAGAUGUGAAAGAAGGAAAUUUCUCAAUUUCUUCUAUACACGUUGCAUGAGUAACUUCAUAGCACCAAUUUUGUCCAUUAGAGUAGAAAAUGAUAGCGACAAUAAUAGGGCUAACAUCUGCCCUGAUGAUUAUCAAAAUGCACAAUUGCUUGGAGCAGUUUUAGAAUUACUCACAUUUUGUGUACAAUGCCACUCAAUGUACUUAAAAAGUUGUAUUUUGAGUAACAACUUGCUCAGCAGAAUCUUGGUGCUGAUGAAUUCAAAGCACACUUUUCUAAUUUUGAGUGCUGUCAGGUUUAUGAGAAAGAUGAUUGGCCUUAAAGAUGAAAUUUACAAUCUUUACAUAAUUAAGAAAAAUCUUUUUGAACCAGUUGUAAAUGCUUUUGUGCAUAAUGGACCUCGGUACAAUAUGUUAAAUUCAGCUAUUAUUGAACUAUUUGAAUUUAUAAGAGAAGAAAAUAUCAAGUCUCUUAUUGCAGACAUUGUGGAAAAUUUUUUUAUGGCUUUUGAAUCAAUUGAGUAUGUCCAGACAUUUAAAGGGUUGAAGACUAAAUAUGAAGAGGAGAAGAAAAGAGAACAUCAAAUAAGAAGACAUUUACAUAAAAUAAUCUACCCAAAAAUAUAUUGUCGACGUAUCAAAGUUAAAAAGGUAAAAAUAAAGGAAGACAUAUGUUGUAGAGGAAUCACAGAAGAAGAUGCUAUUCUACCAAUGGAAAAUGACCUUCCAAGUCGUUAUGACUUAUUUAUGAAAAUUAAAGAAACAAAUAAAAGGAAAAAUGAAAGAGAACACUGCAAAAGAAAAUCAUCUGAAGCCUCUAAAUGUUGUCCAUCUCAUGGUGAUACUUCUGCUAACAGAAUGAGUAGGUCAUACUGUAACAGCCUGGUUACUUUAGUGGAUUAUCCAUGUGAUACUGAUGGAGAGAAUGACAAUGAUCCUUAUAGUAAUGAAAAUGAAAAUGAAGAGAAAGAUGAAGACGAAGAACCCCCUAAAAAAAGACCUACUCUUAGUUCAUAA